GGGCGCUAAUGCCGCGCGGGGCCGGUCUCGCCGCGGGGCGGCGGGGCGCGCAGGGCGAGCGGCCAUGGGGCGUGGGGUGCAGCGGGAGAUGCUGCCGCCGAUGCUGCCGCUGCUGGUGCUGCUGCUACUGGGCGCCGCCGCCGGUGCUGCAGGUGGGUCGCGACCGUCCGGCGCUCGGCUGUCUCCGUCUUCCGCGGGAGUGCGGGGUCUGGUCAGCACAUCGGGAGCAGGCAGCCCCUGUGAGAAGGCCUGCAACCCCCGGAUGGGCAACCUGGCGCACGGGCGGGCGCUGCAGACAGAGACAGCGUGCGGGCGCCAUGCCACCGAGCCCUUCUGCGCCGUCACCGAGGACAGCCAGCGCCGCUGCCAGCGCCCCACGUGCGGCCGCUGCAGCUUGGCCCAUGCCGGGCUGGCCCACCCCGCCGCCGCCAUGGCUGACUCCCCGUUCCGCCUGCCCCGCACGUGGUGGCAGGCGGCCGAGAACGCCUCUCGUGAGACCAUCCGGCUGGACCUGGAAACCGCCUUCUACUUCACUCACUUGAUUCUGGUCUUCAAGUCGCCCAGGCCGGCCGCCAUGGUGCUGGAGCGCUCCCAGGACUUCGGCAAGACGUGGAAGCCUUACAAAUACUUUGCUGCUAACUGCUCGGCCACCUUCGGGCUGGAGGAUGAUGUGAGGCAGAGAGGAGCCAUUUGCACUUCCAGAUAUUCCAGCCCCUUCCCCUGCACCGGAGGAGAGGUGAUAUAUCGAGCCCUGUCACCACCAUAUGCUGUGGAGGACCCGUACAGCGCAGAAGCCCAGGCACAGCUGAAGAUCACCAACCUGCGGGUGCAGCUGCUGGAGCGGCAGGGCUGCCCCUGCCUCCUGCCCGGCCCGGCACCCCGGGUCCCACAGCCCUCCCCGGCCCUGCACUACGCCAUCUAUGACUUCAUCGUGAAGGGCAGCUGCUUCUGCAAUGGCCAUGCUGACCACUGCGUCCCUGUCGCUGGGUUCAAGCCCAUCAAGGCAGCUGGUGUUUUCCAAGUGGUCCAUGGGAAAUGCAUGUGCAAGCACAACACAGCAGGAUCCCACUGCCAGCACUGCGCCCCACUCUACAAUGACCAGCCUUGGCAGGCUGCCGAUGGCAAAACCGGAGCCCCCAGAGAGUGUCGGUCGUGCAAGUGUAAUGGGCAUGCUGACACUUGUCAUUUCAACAUGGAUGCGUGGCUGGCAUCAGGCAAUCGCAGCGGUGGUGUCUGCGACAACUGUCAGCACAACACGGAAGGGCAGCACUGCCAGCGCUGCAAGCCGGGCUUCUACCGGGACCUCAGGAAGCCUUUCUCUGCCCCAGAUGCCUGCAAACCAUGCUCCUGCCACCCCCUGGGAUCAGCCACUCUCCCCCUGGGCCCUGGCACCUUCUGCGACCCCAGCACCGGUGACUGCCCCUGCAAGCCCGGCGUGGCAGGGCCCCGCUGCGACCGCUGCCUCCCCGGCUACUGGGGCUUCGGUGCCUACGGCUGCCGCCCCUGCGACUGUGCCCGCAGCUGCGACCCACACACGGGUGACUGCCGCAGCAGCAGCUCAGAUGUGACCUGGCACAAUGAAGCGCCUCCUUUUCAGGCAGUGCUUAAUGAGAGCGAGCCCACCUGGGGCUGGGAGGAUGAGCAGGGCUUCUCAGCGCUCCGGCACUCCGGUAAAUGCGAAUGUAAAGAGCAAGUUUUAGGGAAUCCCAAGGUCUUUUGCGGAAUGAAGUACACCUAUGUGAUCAAGACAAAGAUCUUGUCAGCUCAUGACAAGGGCUCCCAUGCAGAAGUCAAUGUGAAGAUCAAGAAAGUCUUAAAAUCUACAAAGUUGAAGAUUCUCCGGGGCAAGAGGACACUGUACCCUGAAUCCUGGACUAACAGAGGCUGCACUUGUCCCAUUCUCAAUCCCGGCUUGGAGUACCUUGUGGCGGGACACGAGGAUGUCCGAACAGGCAGACUCAUUGUCAACAUGAAAAGUUUUGUCCAUCAGUGGAAGUCAGCUCUCGGAAGAAAGGUCCUGGACAUUCUGAAAAGAGUCUGCAACUAGAGGUGUGCGACUGCCUUGGGCAUUUCUUUAUGCACAAAAUGCAAUGGCCUUCACAGAGAGAAGACCUCUAGGAUGAAAACUGGAAUGUAAGAAAAUAGUGCCAAAACAUGUAGCGAGGCAUUCAGAGUUGUAGGCACUGUCUGAUUUAACCCUUCCUGGCCAAUGUUCAUUCACUCGCCUGUAGCUUCCUUGCCAGGGGUUUGCCUGAGCCCAGCUCAUGGUUACAUGGAGGGAAACAAAAGGCAGGGCAAUGCUUGUCUCACCACAGUGUGAUGCUGGAGCAACUCCUAUGAAGCCACUGAUCAUCCCAAACUGCUAUCCUAGAGAGGGAAAGCGUGCCCACGCGCUACAGCUGAGAAGGAAAACACCACUGCCAGUGCCACCAGUGGGGAUCCUGAAUGACUUCCAGAGGCUCAUGGUGAUUGCUGUGGGGAAGGUGAUGGCCACAAUGGUAGGUAGGCACUGGCAGAAGUAUGGCUGUGACAACCACUCUUCAGAAACAUCCCCUUAGGUUAAGACAUGGCUCCCAUCAAAGAGAAUUGGGUGCCACUUGCUUAUAACCUGGUCACCCCACUGAAGGUUUUGGGGGCUAAAUUCUCUGCUGGUGCUGGCGAGGACAGAGCUGCUGGAGUGAAUCAAAUCCCUCUGCCUUGGCACAAGCGCAACACAGGGCAGAGGCCGGCUCUACCCCGACCACAUGGCUGCAAAGAGCCAGCUCCAGAGGGUGCAGCAUCUCUGAGCUUUUGUCCUUGAAGUGUUAAGAAAUGAACCUAGCCCUAGUGUAAAUAUUUCUUUGUAUAAAGCACUUUACUACCUGCCACUUCACAGUGCGGGAAGUCUAAUUGUGUUGGGGAAAGAAGAGGUUGAAGGUGGCACAUGAAAAAAUCUCCCUGAAAGAGAAGCACUCCUGAAGACCCCCUAGUUGAACGGCAUUAAUGAUAUAAAGGGAACGGCCAGCCUGGAACUGGCCACUCAGAGUAUCUGAGGGUGCAAUCUGAAAGAUAAAGUAUUUGCACUGAAGUCCCAGCUUCAGACCAGCACUUAGACCCCGUGGGCAGGACUCCAGCGAGACUGCGCUAACUGUGUGAGAAGAAGAGACUUUGAGAUGAAUAAUGCAAUUGCCAGAGGAGAAAACCUCUGCCUGCAGGAAAAGGAGAGGAUACGGAGAAAGGACUCACACAUUCACGUAUCACAACCCAGCGAUUCAUGGUGGGCCUGGAGUUUGUUAUAUUUUUGUGUUAGUAUUUAAGACUGAACAUUUUAUUUGUUUUCUCUGUGUUAGUGUUUGCAAUAUAUAUGGCCAUUAUACUUCCUCAUUAACACCAGUAUGGAAUAUAGCACAGUUUACUGCAGUUUUCAGCACUAAAAUGUAUCCUUUUCUGUAAAGCAUCUUUAAACCACAUUGCAUAGAGUGUAUUUUGUUCAUGAGUGUGAGGGGAAAGAAAAAGAAAACAUACAACUCUGGAAAAGUCAUGAGUCUACCAAUCCGCUUUACGUAUGUAUUUUUCUUUCAAGGUCCUGUGGACUCACAAAAAAAAAUUAUACUAUUUUGGUAAUUUGUUUUUGUAUCUCAUGUAUGUAAUAAAUAUAAUACGAUUUCAA